CCUACGAGUCGGGCGUGAAGACUCACGAUUCCACUUACGAUCUCGGCAAUUGCUCCACGCAGCAAGAGCCGCCAGUCAGACAGUAUGAAAGCAAAUAUCACUCGGUCAGCAAGAUGUACGGCACCUUGCCCAGGUACGAGAGCAGCAAAUCUUAUGAACCCACGUACGAUUCCCGGCCCGCCUUCGAGCCCAAGUACGACGAGCAGUCGUACGAGAGCGCCGGCAAGAGCUACGAGUCCAAGUACGAGCUGACGAGCUCGAAGAGCUACGAGAGGUCCAAGUACGAGAGCACCUCGUCGUCCAGAUAUCAGGACAAGUCCUAUGAUCAGACGCUCAAGAUCGGCGAACUGAGUUCGUCGUCCGCGGGCGCGUACGUCAGGAAGCAUCAGGAUCAGGAGGAGACCAACGCGGAGAAGAUGAACGGAUACAGGAAGAAUAACUUUGAGGCUUACGGUGUCUAUUCGGAUCCCGAGGACGAUCAUGGUUUUCUGCCGGAGAAAAAGACGCCUCAGUACAAUUACAAAGGGGUUGUGGUGAACGCCAGCGGCGAAUCCGCGGUGGUCGAUCAGAAACGGUCUAAGGACAGCAGGCAGACCGAAGUUAUCAGAGGUCCUUGGUGCCGGCCGACCAUACUGCUGCUCCUGCUGGUGCUUCUAGUCGUUAUCUUCGUUCUCGUCGCCGGGAUAUUGUUGUAUCUCAAUUACGUGUCCUACAAGCCGCGCCAUUCGGUUAUCGAGGGUAAGGAUCUAACUUUCGCCAGUAACAACGCGGAACCGUGCGAGAAAACCUACUGCGCCUGGGGCGCGACGUGUGUCGUGUCCGAAAGCGGCAAGGCUAUGUGUCAAUGUCCUGCAGAUUGUCCUUCGACUUCCGAUCCCGUUUGCGGCUCCGACGACGUGACCUACACCAACUAUUGCCACCUACGGCAGACUAGCUGUCUGAAGAGAAAAAAUACCAGAGUGAAGCAUCAAGGCGCAUGCGAGAUCAAAGAUCCCUGCGUGAACUUGAACUGCUCGCAAGGCUCGCAUUGUGUACGAAGCAGAGACGGCAAGGAGGCAACUUGCGAAUGCUUGGAAUCCUGCCCAAAUUUGGGAGAUCACGAGGAAUCGGGACCUGUCUGCGGUACGGAUGGGAUCGACUAUCCAACGCAGUGUGACCUAAAUCGAGCCGCUUGCGCGAAAGGUGCUAACAUCACCGUGGCGUUUCGUGGGAAAUGCGAUCCGUGCGGAAGCGUCGAGUGCGUUGAGCCGGAAAUCUGUCAGCUGGACAGCUCGAGACAACCGGCUUGUCGCUGCAGGGAACAAUGCGACAUCGCGCUCUCGCCGGUUUGCGGCAGCGACGGGAAAACGUAUCUGAACGAGUGCUACCUGCGACAGGAGGCCUGUCGAACGAGGUUGCCGCUCAAGAAAAUCUACAACGGCGGCUGCAGCUCCGGUCACAAUCCCUGCGAGGCGGCGAAAUGCGACUUCUACGAACAGUGCGCGAUCAAUCGGCAAGGGAUCGCCACUUGCGAGUGCGGUCCCGAGUGCGAGCCGGUGAUGAGACCCGUGUGCGCCCGCGGCGGGACCACGUACACGUCCAUGUGCGAGCUGAAGAGACAGGCGUGUCUGACGAAGAGCAACAUCGAGGUCGCUUACGUUGGCAUAUGCGGCUCCCGAGGACCUUGUUCCGAGAAGGUGUGUCAAUGGGGUGCAAUUUGCGCGGAGAACGGUGACACCGCAGUGUGCGAGUGUCCGACUUGUCCGGCAGAAUUUCAGCCCGUGUGCGGCGAUGAUGGCAUCAGCUAUGGCAACGAGUGCAAGCUUCGCCUGGAGGCGUGUCAACAUCGACGGGAGAUACGCAUUCUGUACCAAGGACAGUGCAACGGCUGCGAGAAGAAGAAGUGCGAGUUCUACAGCGAGUGCGAGAGCGACAGCAGCGGGGAAGCCAAAUGCGUCUGUCCGAAGUGCAAGAAUUCGGUGAAAGACUCAACGGAAGUGAAAAAGGUUUGCGGAUCUGAUGGGGUGACGUACGAUAGCGAGUGCGCCCUGAAAAGGGCUUCGUGCGUGAACCAGACUCUCAUCACCAUUAGCUACGAGGAUGACUGCAAACUGUGCGAAGGGAUGGAGUGCAAGUACGGCGCGCGUUGUGUGGCGGGUGAAUGCGUGUGUCCGGAAGCCUGUCCGGAAGCCAGUGGCGAACCCGUUUGCGCCAGCGACGGGAAAACUUAUCCAUCCGAGUGCGAGAUGCAGCGAGCAUCUUGCGACAAAGAUUCCAAGUUGGCGCUUUUGCACGUCAUAUUUUACGGUGACUGCGAGGAGAGAUUUCCCGUGGCGGCGUUAACGACCAAGUCGACGCCCGCGAUAACUCGCGUGGCCACUACAAUCGCGGACGUGACCAGCACGCAGGAGCGCGAGGCCUGCAAGGACAUUCACUGCGACUUCGAGGCGACCUGCGAACUAGGCCCGGACAAGUAUCCCAGGUGCAGCUGCAGAUUCGAUUGCGCCUCCAUCUCGCCGGAGAAGAUGAAGCCUGUGUGCGGCAGCGACCUCAGAAUCUAUUCCUCUCUCUGCGCCAUGAAGAUGGAAGCCUGUCAGCGACAGCAGGAGCUCAGGCUGAGGCCACUCGAUCUCUGCCAAGGUAUGGAGGUCAAACCCUGCAACGGCGACCCACCGUUGGUGGAUUCCGAGGGCAAGGAGUACGACUGCGGUAGCGGACCGGAACGCAGAGACUGCCCAACCAAUAGUUACUGCCAUCAAACCACACGAUUCGCUCGUUGCUGCAAGAAAGUUCACGGAAUCCAGGUGGUGAAAUGCGCGGAUUCAUGGCACGGUUGUUGUCCGGACGGAAAAACCGCCGCCCUCGGCCCGGACGGUGCUGGCUGCCCGAGUUUGUGUAAUUGUAACAGGCUCGGUAGCGUGUCCGACACCUGCAACCCGGAAACCGGUGAAUGCGAGUGCAAGCCAGGUGUAGGCGGUCCCAAGUGCGAUAGAUGCUUGCCGGGUUACUGGGGGCUGCCGAAGAUAAGCGAGGGUCAUCCGGGAUGCAUACCUUGCGGCUGCUCGCUAUUCGGUUCCGUCAGGGAGGAUUGCGAGCAGAUGACAGGCCGUUGCGUCUGCAAGCCCGACAUCCAGGGACAGAAAUGCACGAUCUGCAACGAUCACAACAAGAUACUCACACCUUCCGGAUGUUACUCAGCCGACACGAUACCGCCCAUAGCGACCACCUGCAACGAGUUGGAAUGCUACUCGGGCGGUCAGUGCUCGGAGAUCGGCGGCGCGCACUGCGUCUGCGAGCACUCCUGCCCGAAGGACGAGCCGCCCGUGCCGGUGUGCGGCAGCGACGGGCAGACCUACGACAACGAGUGCGAGCUAAAGAUGUACGCCUGCCACCACCAGGCCGACGUGGUCACGCAGGCCUUCGGCCACUGCAGAGACGACUCCUUGGUUAACACGGACUUCCCCGUAAAAAGAUACACAGCCGUGCAAUAUACUCAACCAGCAGCCGCCAUUUCUCCGUUGUCCAAAUCUACGCGGCACCUCUUGGUACCGGAAGCUGAUCCACGAUAUUAUUACACCCAUCGUGCUCAUCAAGAGACCAUCACGAUCGACCGAGAUAACUUAAAGCAUGGAGUGGCCACAUCGUAUCGACCGACGCCGGCAACGAUUCGAGUGGUCACUGCUCUUCUAGGUGAUCUUUGUACCGACGACAAAGAUUGCACGAUACCCAACAGCGAGUGUUCGAACGGAGGCUGCGUCUGUUCCGACGGCUACGCAGAGACUAGCGAUCGGCAAGAGUGUUUUGCCAAUUACGUGCCUGUGACGCCGACGGAGGAGUUUCGCGCGUGCCUCUCGUAUCCGUGUCACAUGACCUCGACGUGCAUCGACUUACCCAGCGCAACUUUCGUCUGUAUCUGCCGGCCAAAUUACACCGGGCUGCUGUGCGACGAGGAGAUCAACAAGCGGGAUUACGAGAUACCAUCCUUUGACGGCAAAAGCUACGUCAGGAUGAGCCGGCUGAAAGCGUAUCAUAAAUUCAGCAUCGAAGUCGAGUUCAAAACGUACGCGGACAACGGAAUCAUAUUGUACAAUCAGCAGAAAAGCGACGGGACCGGCGACUUUGUCUCGCUGGCCAUUGUCGACGGAUACGUGCAAUUCAGAUACAACUUGGGAAACGGGCCUGUGAUACUCGCGUCGUCCGAACGAGUAACCAUGAAGACUUUUCACAGAGCGGCGGCUAAGCGGUACCACAAGGACGGAGUUCUGAUCUUCAACGAUGGCGAGGACGUCGCCGGUCAGAGUCAAGGGAUGUUAAAGUCCUUGGACUUGAAUCAGGACACUUUUAUCGGAAACAUACCGACCAAUUACACCAAAGUGUACGACAAUAUCGGCACCAGUCACGGGUUCCUCGGUUGCAUUCGCAAGCUGAAGAUAAACCGGAUCAGCGUCGAUCUCCACGUCGGUCACGACAAGGACGUUCUCGAGAGUUACCGCGUGAAGGAGUGCGGCGACAACGCGUGCGCCAAUCUGCCGUGCCAAAACGGCGCGACGUGUCAGCCGAUCUUCGAGGAGGACCUGUGCAACGGCCGCGAGUGCAGAAGACUGCAGAAGAGAGGCAAGAACAGAAACAAUCGCGGUAACGGUGGCGGCAAGGGUGUGAACAUCGUCAAAUGCAAGGGCAAUCACUGCACGGCGGUCGAUCAGAAGAGGACGAAGAAGAACGCGAAGAAACGCUGCGCCACCGAAAAGUGCGACUACGAUUACGAGCUUCAGUACGAGAACAAUUACGAUCACGACAAUUACGCGGUGGAGAAGUACGAGCCGCCGGACUACAGAUGCAUAUGUCCGCCGCAGUUCACCGGCCGAAACUGCGAGGAGUCGCUCGAUCCUUGCAUCGGCGAGCCCUGCCAGCACGGAGCCACCUGCGACAUUCUGCCGCAGGGAGGAUACGUGUGCAAGUGUCCUCCCGGCCGAACCGGCGAGCACUGCGAAAUUCUGGACGACGAGCUGACGGAACUGCUGAUUCCCGAGAUGAACGGCAACGGAUAUCUGGAACUGCCCUGUCUGGAGGGCGUAGCGAAGGCGUUCUCCAUCGAAUUGUGGUUCCUGACGCACGCGAGCGACGGUCUCCUGCUGUACAACGGCCAGUUGAAUAACGGCCGGGGCGACUUCAUCAGUCUGAAUCUGGUUCACAACAGGUUGGAAUUCAGAUUUAAUCUCGGGAGCGGCAUCGCGAACAUCACGUCGCCGGAUCCGGUCACUCGGGACACUUGGCACUGCGUGAGGAUCAGCAGACUCGGAAGAGAGGGAGUUCUUCAGCUUGACGACGGGACCGUCGCCAGAGGAUUGUCCGGAAGUCCUCUCACGGAAUUGAAUCUGGAAAUGCCACUCUACGUCGGUGGCGUCAAACACUGGCGAGAAGUUCAUCGUUUGUCCGGAGCCUGGACCGGACUGGUGGGCGCCGUGCAGAGACUGAUGGUGAACGGUAAAACGUAUCAGAAUCUCGCGGUAAACGUCACUCAGCACAACACGGACAUUUACGACGGUCUGCCGUGUCCUAGCAACGAAAAUCCUUGUCACAACGGCGGAGUCUGUCUCCCACUUCUGAACAGUUAUCUCUGCAAGUGUGCCACCGGUUACAACGGUCUGCAUUGCGAAUUCUUUAUGGGUUACGACGUGUCCGGCACCGAAAUAUCGGAGCGACCGGUGCGUUUCGAGGGCGACAAUUUCCUGCAGUUCAAACAUCGUGCCGGAAGAAGUACUAACUCGACUAACACUACCCUCGGCGAGUACUCUGAGGAGUCCUACUCCGACUACGACUUGGAGGAGGACGUCGACUACGAGUACGACAAUUACGAUUACACGGAACGCAGGGGACAGCAGUCGAACAAGUUCGAGUUGCGACUGAGAACGGUACAUCCUGACGGCCUCAUCGCGUGGGUGGGAAGAGGAAAGCUGGAACAUCUCAUUUUGUCUCUUCACGGCGGUCACGUGUUGCUCACUUACAAGAGCAAGACCGAAAAUGUAGUCGUAAAGAGCAAGGAGAGGAUCGACGAUGGAGUCUUCCAUCACAUCCGAGCGUUCCGACGACGAAAAGCUUGCAUAGUGCAGGUUGACGAGCACACGCCUGAGAAAGUUGCGACGGAAACAACGUUGCUGACGACCAACGGCAAGCUCUUCGUCGGCGGCAAGCCCGGUCAUCGCGGCAUCAAGGGCUGCGUGACGGACUUUAUCGUCGACAAGCGGCGAUUGCAGUUGGCCAGACGAAGAAUCGAAUUCUGCCACGACAACGACGUAUGAUAACGAACCCCGAGUCCGACGAUCGUCAUCACCGCGACGUCGACAUCCGAGAAGAACCCCAUCGACGACGACCUGACGACGCCGCCGUCGUCGUCAACGACGACGAGUUAACGUGCGCGAUCCGAACGCGAUUCCUUUCAGCGCGCAGGAAGAUCGGCGAUCGCCUAAACGCCGACAACGAAAAUCCGACGAUCGUCAACCCCCUCCCGCGCCAGGAAAAAACUCUUGAUAAGUGUCUUUGCUGUUCCUAGCGUGUUUAAUAGAUUAAACUUACGGUGCGCGAUGAAGAUCGACGACCGUCGACGCGAGAUAUCGUAAGUAAAGUUCGAUCCACCGGCAACGUGUUGAUUCCUGCCAAAGUUGUACCAAGACGAACCCUUCUCGUCCGUGUGCAUCAACAUCGAUCCUUCGAUACGACGCGUUUUGGAGAGAGAAGCAAAAUCCUAUCUCGUGAGAGAGAUCACGUUCGUGAAAGGACGGAAACUCUCACACAAGAAAUGCAAAUGGAAAUCAGAAACUUCGCAGUAAAGUCUGAUAUAUAUAUAUAUAUAUACAAAUAUAUAUAUAUAUUCUCUUGUAAGGUGAUUGUUGCAACGGAACCAGAAUUACAUCACAAGACUUCAGAACUUUCAUCCUUCGGGGUACGUGUAACUCGAGAUAUUUCUGGGAAAACGAAAUCUUCUUGAAAUGGAAGACGCGGAGUCUUGAACAUUAAAAUAAUGACGGUUCAACUGAUACAAUCGCCGUAAUCCUCUUUCUUUCUCUCUCUGGAAAAAGUUUCAAAUUCUGAUAAAACUAGAGAAAACCAGGAACCAAUAACCUUCCACUUUAACACGCGAUAAUGUCUCCUUGAGAGAAAACGAGUUGCGCUCUGCCGAAUCAACGCGCGACGGGGUCAGACCGAUAUUGCGGUGUGAAAAAAAAAAAAGAAGAAUACGUGAACAUUGAGAUUAGAAUCUAUCGCAAAAAACUUGAAAAACGGGUACUGCUUUUCUCACAGGGCCAUCCACAGUAGGUAAGAGAUAAGGGAAAAGAAGUAUUCAAUCGUAGCGACGACGUGUACAUUCGCUCAUCACUCCGCGACAUCAUCAUCGUUUGUUUAUCAUGUGUAAGAAGAAAGUAGCAAGAAUGUUGUAUCGAUCUUCUCGCGCGAAGUUUGGUCUCACGCCGAUCGAUCAUCAUCGGCCCGAUGAUGGACGAAGAACGCGGGGAAGGAAGAGCGAGAAGAGCGAGUUGUCAAGUGCUACGUUUUCAUCGAAAGACAAUAAUAUAUUUUUAAGGUGACGAGAUUAAAAUAUACACUACGGAUUAUAUAUAUAUGUAUGAAUUUAUCUGUAUACGUACAUGUGCACGGCGCGAAUUUAGCGAAAGGACAAGGGCUCGCUUAAAGGAGACACAGCCCCCCCUCCCCCCACGUUAUAUAUGUAUAGAAUCUAUACUUAUAAGUUGUACACGAGAGACACACACACACACACACACACAUACACGCGCGUACACUUACUAAAGCCCACCUUUAACGAUGCCAAGACUGACUUUAAAAAAAAAAAAAAAACGCGCUGGCGGCGGAAAAAAUCGACGACAAAAGAAGAAAAAAGAUAAAUCGGUGUUAUGUUUGAGUGUUCGGUAGAGAGAAAUUUAAAAAAAAAAAAAAAAAAAAAAAAAACAACUGAUCGUGGAAUUUUUCCAGAAUAGAGAAAAUUGUAUUUUAAAGGAACUUGUUGAUUUAUUGCCAGUAGUAAACGCGAAACUCACACGACUCACGUUGUUUUUUAGGUAGGAAAGGCUUUUUACAAAAUGCGCGCAAACAAAAAAGAGAUUAUAAUAUUAUAUAAAUAUAUAUUAUACAUAUAUAUAUAUACUUAUUUACACAGAGAACUCUACAUUCCACUUGAGGGACAGAAUACGGGGUUAAAUUCUAUGUAGUUAGACGCUAUUAAUGACAGCCGGCGUGAGCGUGAUCCGUGAGCGUUCAGAUCUCGCAUAAAGGUAAAGAAAAUUAUUGUUAACACUCGCUCUCCUCACAUCUCAUUUUACAAGAAUCAGUUGUUUAAAUUUACACAUUCACUUUUUAUCUGCGCAAGGACUAAAGAGAGUUUUUCACUAAAUUUUAAUUAAAAUUUCAGUACAAUAUAUUUCAGUAUAAUAUUUUUAUUUAUAUUUUAUUGUAUUGUACAUCGCCAAAACUCAAGUUAAAUGUUAUUACAGUUGAUAUGUUUUACAUUUUGAUUGUGCAAAUUAGAAUAGAUUCAGAUAAUUAACUCGAACGGAAUUAAAAUCAAUCGUGUCGCUAGCUUGUGGAUUUGAACGUGAACGGAAUGUUAUCGGAACUCACGUCUGCGUGCACGCUUGCGUUAUACCAUUGAUGCAACAGUAAAGUUCUUCGCAAGUAUGUAGUAGAGCAAGAGAACUGUGAGAGAAGUUAGCGCGUAACCGCUUCGCAGCAACGAGGCGUGCGUGAGCGACAAAAGAGAGAGAGAGAAAUACACGUGACGGAAGUUGUUUCUUGUGCGAAUGCGACCUGUGUAAAUAAAAAAACAUCCCCUCACGCGUUACUAAACAAAAAAAAAAAACAAAACGAAUCGACACAGAGUUCGUUCUUAGAGUGUAUUAUAAUAAAUAAUUAAUAACCGGACCUAAGAUCACAUCGUAACGACCUAGUUAUCGUAACCAAUUCACGGAUUAGCCUUCGAACGAUGCUCGCGACGCGCGCAUCAUUUAUUUUUCGGCGUGACUCCGAGAAAACGCAUCAUAUAUGCGCACACGCAUACACACACACGUACGUAUAUGAAAUAUAAAUUAUAAAUAAAUAAACACACACAACGGACGCACGCACGCACGCACGCAUGUUCAACCAGAGUGACGUGAACGUGUUCUUCCCCUCCGGACGGAAUAGUUAAAAAAAAAAAAAAAAAGAAGAAAUCGCCUAAGUUAAUCGUAUAAAAAUUAUUGUACCUCGCAAACGAGCGUUGUUGAUUAUUUAAAUAACGUAUCCCAUCCUCUGUCUGUUUCGGCGAAAUAAAAGAAAGCGCGUGGCUAAACUUUUCUUCUGGCGAAAUAACAUCGCGAAGACAAUGACGAGCGAGAGCUUCGAACAGUUGGAACAGAGUUUCGCGGAGUGUUGAAUUCUUUUGUAUUCCCUUGAAAAAUUCGCGCGGAGACUCGACCGCGUUCUCUAUAGCUUUCCGCAAAGAAUUCCUUCAGAACUGCCAACAGCACGUGUGGGCGAGAUCAGACGGGGGUUGGGACGAAACGCUCGGCGUUACGGAUGUUUACGUGAUUACUAUCAGGGGAGAAAAGCGCUUCCUUCCGCGGUCACGUAAAACUAGAUAACAACGGGCGCGAAGAGCCCUUGCGAAAUAAAUCGAGGAUAACACACCGGCACGUUCAAUGCGCGCGCGCGCAUUUCUUGCGAAAAACUCUUGAUAACGCGUGACGUUGAGAGACACCGUCGAAUUUUUCGCUGUUUUUCUACCAUCGGUGACUGUAAUUCACUUUAGUUGCGGUUGCAAGCGUCGUAACAUUAUUAUUUACGAUUGCCAACAUUGUGUGCGCAAGCCCGAAGAGAAAUAAACAAAAAACAAAAAAAAAUCGCGUAUACCCUCGCUCUCGUAAAGUUGCGCGGGGAGAAUACAAAAAAAGUUCUUUUAACGUUUGAAUAACGUCGUUUGUCGAAACGGUAUGGUGGAUAUGAUAUAGAAAAGCCGUGCAAUUGCGAAGCGCACAUGUGCAUUGAUAAGAUAAACUUUGCAUAUCACGUCGCGCGUGUCUCAUAAAAUAGAUAAAAUAAAACACAUUGGCAAAAGAAUAAAUAUUUAAUUAAUCGAAUCGGGAUUUUUCGGUAAAUCACUGUUGGCAAUCGAAAAUGCGAAACGGUCUAAGAAAUGUUUAUUAUUAUAUUACCGUGUAAAAUGAUCGCCGCAUAAUUACGAUUAUUAGCAAAUUGUUGUAACAGUUACACAGAAAUAAACAACGAUUGCUCAUUUCCAUGUGAAGAGGCAUCAAACGAACGAUCGAUGAUGAAGCUUGUACACACAACGUCCACGAUCGCACGUCGAUCGUCCGCGUACGUUAAAUUAAACGUAAAUUGUUUAACAAACAUCUCUCCGGAAACAAUGUGUGAAAGGCUUGAUUCAAACUAUGGGUUCUACUUGAAAAGUUUGUGUGUCGUAAACAAAAUUGUUACAAUUGUUGGAACACGGUAAAACGUAACCAACGUAUGUCCGAUCCCAAAAAUUUGGUCUGACAAAUUCAUUGAAUUAACAAAUGGAUUAGCACAGCAAAAUGUGCACGUAAUAUAUCGUAAAAACUUGGAUAAAUGUUUUUAUUUAUCACACAUGUGUGAUGUGAGAUCAAUGUGUAACGUAAGAUUGCAUAGAGUGUCUUUUAUUUUUUUAAGAUAUAUAAUUUGCAGAAUUAAAUGUUUUAGAUUUAUCUCACACAAAUUAUAGAAUUUAAAAUUGUGUAGAAGAGAAUUCUAAAUUUUUUAAUUUGAUUUAGUCAAUACUCUUUGAGACGUGAAUAAUAUCAUAUAAGUAAGUUAGAUGGAAAACAAAAAGCAAGUGUGUGAAAUUAUUUUCUUAAAAAAGUUUGUUGUACACACACACACACACACACACACGCAUGCACGCAAAAGUAGCCUUUCUGAAAAAUUAACUUUCAAUCCAAUUUCAAAUUCCGUCCCUGAUAGUAUGGAUCAAGCCUCAUUCGUUUCGCUCUGUACGUUACCUUACACAUUUAUCGCCAAAUGUGUCGAAUGUGUUCUCGCCGAUAACAUUUGAGAAAUUAUUAUACAUUUUUGUCAUGAAAAAUUCGCAUCAAUCACAUGUUCGGCGCUAAAUGUGAGAGACGCGUCCAAAAUACGCGGUUUGAAAAAAAAAAUACGCUUAUAUGAAAUUACGGCGAACAUCGUCGGAUUUCUUUUACGACCUUAUAUUUGAGAAGAUUCUUUGUACAUUUCGCAAAAAUCCUAGUUACUUCGUGAGAAAAAAAAAACAAUUGACGCAACACGCAAAACAUAUGUUGAAGAGAUUUAUCUUGAAAAAAAAAUUGUUUGAGAUAUCACGUCAUCCAGUGAACGGCUGCGAAUUUUAUCAAUUUCACGUCACGCCACGUUUCACGAUGUAAUUAAUAUUUUUGUGAAAUAAUCCUGCGAUAUUAUAUGUAUAUUGAUCAAUUGCGAUCGCUGUCCAAGAUAACCAUAUCCGCGAUUAACGCGAAUAUCAAUCGCGCGCAAUCUUCAUACAUAUCUCCUCCUUUUUCGACAGUUUUGUCUUUUGGAAAGUUUUUUAACCUCCCUUUUUAACCACUCCUCGUUCCCUUCCACCCGUUUGUCUUUUAUCGUUGACAUAUCAAAAGCGCAAUCGUACGACCAGCAAUAUGCGAGCGAAAACAGAGAGGAUCGGCGGAGAAAACUACAGAAACAAGAAACAAAGCAAUUUGUAAAACAUUUCGUCAGUCGCACUGUUCCUCGCGUGAUCAGAGAGGACAUAGAAGAAGAAUGACGGAAAAAUAUAUUUGCGCUUCUCGAGACUCGAUCCUACCAGAAAAAGCGUGUGUACAUAA